UUUAGUUCUUAAAUGUCUUUGUUCUUUUUUUAUAUAAAAACAUGACCAUAAUACUAAAUAUCAUAAGAUUUUGGUGCACAUUCCCCCCGCAUACACCUUUGCCCCAGUGCUUUGGACUUGUUUGACCGUUAGGCACACUGACAGCGCGACAAACCCAUCGUGACCACUGAAACUCGGUGUUUUCUUUACCCGCUCGUCGUAUUUGUUCGCCUAAAUGCACCGCACACGACGCUGUAACCGAGCGGGUCCCGGGCGGGUUGGGGUUUCGGGGCUCCCGGGGUGAGGGAACAGCCUCUUCCCGCGGCGCUGCUCGUCCGUCAAAGGUAGCAUUGUGUCCGGUCUGGCAUCCGCCGAGGGCUGCUGCGGACAGGACGGAGGGAUUCGUGUGAGCCGAGCGGUCAGCCCAGGCUCCCGUUUGGGCUGGAGCUGCAGGUUACAGACGUGGUGGGAAAUUAAAUUCAUAAAGACAUCAACUAAGUUUCUCCACAGGUCGUUGACGGGCGGGCUCCAGUCCUGCCGUCAUGUUUGGCCCGAUCCGACGUCAGACUCCGCUGAAGCCGAUGCGUCCCUGACCGCGCCCGCAUGGAGCUUCUGGGUUUCUUUUAGCCCCGCAGCAAAACCGAGCCUCCACGUCCCCCGGUCCGUGCAUGAGAAAACACGCAGGUAUCUGUUACAAUCUGCCGCCAUGGCAACGCUGUGCAGACGCCAUGCGAAAUCAUAAGUCUGUUGCUAUGGUGACUCUGUAGCAAGCAGCUGUCACUAUGGGAACAUCCAGGAUGUUCCGCAUUUUCGUGGUUCUGGGCUCGGCUUUCAUGAUCCUCCUAAUCAUCAUCUACUGGGACGACGUGGGAGCCGCCCACCUCUACCUGCACACCCCGGUGUCCCUGGGCCCCAAGGUCCCCCACCCGCAGCCCCCCCAGUCGAGGCCCCACACCACCCGGACCCCGUCCUUCCUGUCCGACAUCGACGCCUUCGUCAACCAGUUCCUGGAGCCCGGAACCGGGGAGCCCACGGACACGGUGCCGGUGGACUCCAGCAACCAGUCGGAGAAGUCAGAGGAGCGCUACGUCCCCCGGAGGGAGUGGAAGAUUCACCUGGCGCCGGUUGCCGCGGAGCUACGGGAGAGACAGGAAAAGAGGCGACGGUUACUCCAGGAGGUCUGCGCCAACGACAGCGUGCCGUUUCCGGGCAAAAACCGUUCGUUUGAUGACAUUCCUAACAAGGAGUUGGAUCAUCUCAUUGUGGAUGACAGACACGGCAUUAUCUACUGCUAUGUUCCCAAGGUGGCGUGCAGCAACUGGAAGCGCAUCAUGAUCGUCCUCAGCGAGAGCCUGCAGCAGGACGGCGCUCCUCAGAGAGACCCUCUGGCCAUCCCCAGGGACCUGGUCCACAACAGCAGCAUGCACUUUACCUUCAACAAGUUCUGGAAGCGCUACGGCAAGUUUGCAAAGCACCUCAUGAAGGUGAAGCUGAAGAAGUACACAAAGUUCCUGUUCGUGCGGGACCCGUUUGUGCGUCUCAUCUCCGCCUACAGGAACAAAUUUGAGAUGCGCAACGAGGACUUCUACCGGCACUUUGCACAAGUCAUGCUGCGCCGCUACGCCAACCAGCCCACGCCUCCCGCCUCCGUGGACGAGGCCUUCGCUCUGGGUAACCGCCCGUCCUUCUCCCACUUCACCCAGUACCUCCUGGACCCGCAGACCGAGAAGGACAUGCCCUUCAACGAGCACUGGCGGCAGGUGUACCGCCUCUGCCACCCGUGCCAGAUCCAGUACGACUUCGUGGGCCACCUGGAAACGGCAGAGGAGGACGCCGAGCACCUGCUGCGCCUGCUGCGGGUGGACAAUGUGGUGGAGUUCCCCACCUCGCAGAGGAACCUGACAGCGAGCAGCUGGGAGACGGACUGGUUCGGUCCGGUGCCUGUGGAGGCACGCCGGCAGCUCUACAAGCUCUACGAGCCCGACUUCCGGCUUUUUGGUUACGACAGGCCAGAGUCCAUCCUCAAUGAGUGAUUCACGCAAACGCACAGGCGAAAUGUAGUUUUUAAAAUCACAACAGCGGGCGCCGCACCCCCAACGGCCAGCGAGAGGCGUCACACACACCUUCUCCCGCCGUGUCUUUGCUGGACUGAAUGUGCACAUGAUUAGAAACACUCAUGGAGUCAUUUCUGCCUCAUUAAACCACAGAAGAAGCAUGAAGUCACAUUCAGAUGUCUGUCCCUCUGCCCUCUUUAGGGACUUUAACCUCCAUGUUUUUAUGUAAUGCCAUCUGUGCCCACUUUUGUGACUAAAUUCACAUACUUUGGUAGCACUCUGUUUAAAAAACAAAAUGAUGCACAGAGACCGUUUUGGUUGUGAUUGCUCGCUUUGGACAAUUAGAUUCUUUUUUUUGUGUUGCUAGAUUAUCUUACAUUUUCACUGCACUAUCAGUAGUCAGCUAGUUUAUUUCACAUUGUUUAAAGUGCAAUGUUUUUAAGCAUGAAAGGGAUUUUAUGUUGAAGUAAGUCUUUUUUUUUUACCUCGUAUUCACACUUUACGUUUUCGUGAAUUGAACCGGGCUGAUUAAUUUAUAUCAGCCAUACAAGGUUCUGCGAGCAAAAUAUGUCCUGGAAAUGAAGUACCGCUGCUGGCGUCUGGUUAGUUUUAAAGCCGGUUGCCACAAUGUAGCCUCAGCAUAAGGAAGCACAGCGGCAGGCAGCUGGUGACCUGGGUUUGUCUCCGCUUGUUUCAGACAUAUUCUUACGGUUACUAAUGCACAGAUGUGCCUCUGCUUGUUUUUCAGAAAUCUUUUUCAAAGGGAAAUCUCUCAUUUGUGUCUUUGCUUUUUGUUUCCUUUCCAGGCAGGUCUGGGUUAACUCACGCCGUCAUCAUUUCAUGACCUUAAACAAACCAUCUCGCUAGAAUAUUCAUAACAAUUGCUUCUAAGUUUACUUCCCUUGGUAAAAGUAGUAUUUUACAGAAUCAUGUAAACUUGCUGGAUAUUUUGAAAGAUUUUAUGUUCCAUCCUAUUUCCACUUACUUUUGGUUUUAUAGUUUCUACUUGAACUGUUUCACUCCCUGAUUAAACUAAAAUGACUCUGAGGACGCUCUAAGGUUUAUAGAGCCACUUAAACACAGCGGAUCAUGAAUACAAUGUAGUAACUUAUAGAAGAUUAUAUAAAAGUACGUGUGCAAGUGGGUACAAAAUGAGAAAAGUGCAGUUAAGAGAUUCUUAAUGUAUGAAAAUGUUGAGUAAAAAUGUCAGUAUUAUGAUACUAACACAAAAUAAGAACAAAAGCUAAUCACAGGAUAUCUUUGAUUUCACAGAAAAUAGCAUAUUUAUUAUUACACUUUCAAUUAUGCUGCCUAUAAUGUAGGUGAAAAAGUAGCAAAAAUCUGCACCGCAAUCCAACCACUGAAUUUAGCUGUGCUCAUUGCUCACACCUUCCCUUUUUAGCAUUCAGUCAGUCGUCUUAAGACAACACUACCUUUAGUUUCACACCAGGACUGGAAGUGUUUUCCCAACCGAAGCAAGGAAGAAGUGUGGCGGUCGUGUUUCAGCCUCCUGACCGGCAGGGAGCAGCGAUGCGUUGGUCUUGAAGUCAAACUGUGGAAGAAAGCCCUCGUGGUUUUAAGGCCGUAACUUUGUAAGCCUUGUUAUACCUCGACACCGAUAACAGACUUUAUCGGUUUCUGUUACGUCAAAGCAAAUAAAAUGACAGGUAAUGUCAUUUUCACAUUGUUAAUCUCAACAUUUUCUUUAAAAAAAAUGCAACAUGAGCUACUUUUAUUUCAAAUACAUUUGUUUAGUAACUCUUAACGAAGAAGAUGGAGGGCUACCUUUGGUUUCCGUCUUUUUGCAACCAAUGGGAAGGUGUUGUAGCGUUCUUUCAGCCAGCUGACCAGCAGUGUGCACCAGCAUGUGGGGGAGGGGCAGCGGGGCAUUACUUUAUGCUUCAAGUACUUUCUCUGAGAAGGACUUUAAGACAUAGAAACGGUCUGAUGGUUUUAAGAUUGUAACUUUUUAAAAGCUUCAUUUUGGUAGCAAACCAAACAUAAACGCUACGGUAAGGAAAGAGGAAAACAACGAAACUGGAGAACGAACGAAGCACGAAUGACGCUGAGCUUUCCUGCAGACUGCAACUAUAUGCUGUCAUUUACCCCUAAACAUGAUAUCCACAGGUUGCUUCUGCAUUUAUUAUGCGGUGCAUUGCAUUGUUUGUGUAGCAUUACUUUGAGCUUCGAUGAACUCCUGCACAGCUGAAAGCUGGUUCAACAUGAAUAGUGUUAGUUAAAAGGAAAUAUGUAAGGCUGGAGUUAUGGUGUUAAUGAAUCGAUGGCUUUAGGUGAUGAAAGUGAGGAAAAGACAGUGCCUUUGGUUGCUAAAAGUUUACACAGCUUAAAAAAAAAGAAAGUAUUUUUAUAGGACUUAAUUUGUACUAAAAAUCACAGACUCACAAAAAGGAAUAUUUGAUAUACUGCGUGUUGAUUUCAACUGUAUUUAGGGACCAAAAGAAAAACAAAAGCCUUUCGGCUGAACUGUUAACGUGGGACUUUGCUGUAAAUCUCUCCGUUUGUUUUGGAUUCUCCAUUGUGUUGAUGUUCAGUGCCAUUUAAGAUUUAGGAUUUCUCUUAAAUCUACACAGAUCCAUGCUGGAUGUCGCUGUUGUUCCGACUCUUCAUUGAUGUGAUAGACACACAACUAUUGGUGUUUCUUUAUUAAUGUUUUUUUUAAAUCUGAUCUUUAUGGAGAAUUGUUUACGGGGCUGGGGGGAAGUUUUGUCUUCAUCUUGUGGCCAUAUGCUGCGAGUGUGGAUAUAGUCCACCUCUGCUGUGUUGGUACUUUAAGUCCUGUUGUAUUUUCAUACCUUUGGUUUUCUAUUCAUGUUCUUUGUUGAUGUUUCCUGUGUAAAAUUCCGACUUUUGAUUUAUUUAUUUUUCUUUCUGUCAAUGGGCAAAGGGGAAAAAAAACAUCGAAACAGAAAUGUUUGCAAGUCAAAAAAGGAAUUUAUUUAUGGUUCAAAUAAAACAAAUGAAUAUGA